AUUCACUUUAGGGAUUUUGUCUUGACUUUUGACUAUUCCUUGUUCCGCAAGCAUAUUCCUCUUCUUGUUAUAUCCUUCAAGCAACCUUUUUUUUUGUUUUUAUCAUUUCACAUUUUUACAUCUGCCCUUCUUCUCUCACUUUGUUCUAAAGGUCUCAUCAAGUAACGGCAGAGAUGAAGCGAGAAGGCAAGCAGCACGGCAUGGUGAGGACUUACCGGGUUCUACCUCCGUCGCUGAAUCCACGGCCCGAAUCGAAGAUGGUCAACCCUUUGACUUCACGCCCAACCGCUGGAUUAUUUACCAAAGUGUCAUCAAAGCCGACCAAUCACUCCAAAUUCACCGGAAAAUGUGGUCAAGCAAGGUGUCUUGAGUGCCAUAUGCAUCCGAUCACCAAAUCCAAAGCCAAGACUAAAGGCUCUUCUAAGGUUAGAUCAAGUGACGUUACCUACAAGAUGCUGACUUGGCAGGUCGCUGCGGGCAGGGAGGCCAGACCAGGCUUGAAGCUUUCGGGUUUCUCGGCUACCGGAAUACUUGAUCUUAUGUCUGAUGAUUACGGUUAUGAUCAUGAUUAUGAUUAUGAUGAAGAAGAAGAAGAAGAUGAAGACGGAGGAGGUGUUGUAGAAGACAUUGUGAAAAUACAGAGAGAUGGUGAAACAGAAGAAGAUGGAUCACAUGAUGAUGAUGAUGAUGAAGGAAGGAUGAGUUUUUGUGAUGUGGGGAUGAUGAUGAUGAUGAUGAUGGAACAUGUGGAAGAAUUUGAUGAAGAAGGAUGGUGUUUGGUUGAAGAAAUGAUGACUUAAUUGAUCUCUUUUGAUUGAUUAUCCCCCAAUGAUUGUCUUUUCUUUUGCUUUUAUCAUUUUUAAUAACUUUGGGGAUGAAUGAUUGAUGAUUCUAUCUAUGUAAAUGUAAUUUGAUUUCUUAAAUCAAAAACUUUGAUUUAUAAUUGUAAUUUAUGUAAAGUUGAAACCUUUUUCUCAACAACUCAUUUCCACUCCAAA